AUGUACCUACAAACAGGGUGUAUCUACAAACAGGGUGUACCUACAAACAGGAUGUACCUACAGACAGGAUGUACCUACGAACAGGAUGUACCUACAAACAGGGUGUACCUACGAACAGGAUGUACCUACAAACAGGGUGUAUCUACAGACAGGGUGUACCUACGAACAGGAUGUACCUACAAACAGGGUGUAUCUACAGACAGGGUGUACCUACAAACACGGUGUACCUACAAACACGGUGUACCUACAAACAGGGUGUAUCUACAAAUAAGGUGUACCCACAGACAGGAUGUACCUACAGACAGAAUGUACCUACAAACAGGGUGUAUCUACAAACAGGAUGUACCUACAAACAGGGUGUAUCUACAAACAGGGUGUACCUACAGACAGGAUGUACCUACAAACAGGAUGUACCUACAGACAGAAUGUACCUACAAACAGGGUGUAUCUACAGACAGGGUGUACCUACAAACACGGUGUACCUACAAACAGGGUGUACCCAUAGACAGGAUGUACCUACAAACAGGAU